UCAAUCACCUGGCAGCCAGGAAAUGGAUGGAGGAGAAUUGGCAAAAGUCUUUUAUUGCUUGUAUUAUUUAUUUCAUCCUGAUCUUCGGAAUCCAGCAUUUCAUGAAGGAACGGAGACCCUUCAAUCUGCGUGUACCUCUGGUCCUGUGGUCCUUCAGCCUGACUUUGUUCAGUAUCAUUGCAGCCUGUCGGACCUGGAAGCAGAUGGCCUUCCUCCUCCUUAACAAGGGAUUUAAGCAAUCACUGUGUAGUAAAUCUUUUUACGUCCACCCUGUUUCCAAGCUGUGGAUCUAUCUAUUUGCACUGAGCAAACUUGUCGAACUGGGUGACACUCUGUUCAUUGUUCUCCGGAAAAAGAAGCUCAUCUUCCUCCACUGGUACCACCACUUUUUCACACUGAUUUUAUCCUGGUAUAGCUAUAAGAUUAUGGCGUCUGGUCUGGGGUGGAACGCAGCCUUGAACCUCAGUAUCCAUUCUGUGGUGUACUCCUACUACACUGUGACAGCCAUGGGCUUCCGGGUACCCAAACCCAUCAUGAUGGCAAUCACCACUUCACAGAUUGUGCAGAUGGUAGGAUUUGCAGUACUUUGCAUCUUUGUUGUCUUAUGGAGGAAUGAUAAGGGCUGCCAAACUAACUGGCCAGUGAUUCUCAUUUCAUUUGUCUUGUAUACCACUUUAUUGGCUCUCUUCUACAACUUCUUCAGGGAAACUUACCUGAGAAGUGCCCAGAAAUCAAAGUGGAAUUAA